CUUAGACUCUGUGAUGAAUGAAAGGGCAACAAUUAGAAAUAGAAAAUACCCAUUAUUUGCCCUAAUUAUUCGUCUGGAGUUACAGGCAUAGUCGUGGAAACUCCGUAGUGGGUUCCACCGUGCCAACAGUCAGUGGCCAAAGCUAUUCAAUGGAGCGCGUUCAUUCUAACGAACGAGAUGGGGAGGCGAAAAAGCCCAGAAUUCCAAUACAUAGGACACUUAUGUCAGAUGCCGCCUUUGUUGUGGAUCCCGUUUACAUUUGUAUUGUUUUACUCUCAGCAGCAAUAAUCAUGGACAGGAACUCCAGCGCGCCCUACAUUAACAACAACUACGCUUUGAAUCAGCACCAUGGUGGGCAGAACAUUGAACAACUAAAGCAGCUGUUACUACAACUGGACGAGGCAAGAUACAGCUUAGAUGUAAAUAACCAAAUUCUGGAGACCAAAUUGUUAAGGCUUCAGGAGCUAGUAGUAGUAAUGCGCAGAGAAAGAGACGAGGCAGUCCAGCAAAGAGACGAAGCUCUAAACCAAUUGUACAUACUGAAGCAACAGCUCACACAACAAACACAGCAAAGCAAUAUCAUUUCGAAGCCGAUGUGGGCAAACAAGCCAAUUGGCUCUUCCCCAUUAGGUUUAGACUCCGUACCUCAAGAGGGCUCAUCCCGAAGCCUCAUCGUGGACGAAGUAGAUUGGGAUUGGCCCCAACCUGUACACCGCUUUGACUUUACUACUGACCCACAGGACAAUUUCCACCAGACACCAACCUCAUCAUCUAUCGAUCAUAUGAUCGACCGCUCAAAUCUUGCAGAUAAACAACCAGUGUUUGACCUUCCAGAGAAUGAACAGCAACAGGAAGAGCAGAAGGAUGAUCUAUCUUUUCUAAAGCAGGAUGACCCAGAGUGUCAACAGCACGAGCCUGUCGACCACAGCAGUCUGAGGCUAGUGGAGAAUCAUGACUUGUGGCACAAGGAAACGCACGCCGUAAGACAGACGACGUCUCUUUGCAUGCCCGAAGCUUCUUCUUGCAUGGCGUACAACAAUCACCAACCACAAACAGCCCGAAUUCUGAGGCCCCCCAUUGACUCCAACGGCUCCGUCCCCGCAAUGCCACUUCAUUUGCCCGAGCCACCAGAAGCUGACCCGGACGUAAUGCUAAGCACGCUACCAGAACGUGGAAAGUUCUUAGAAGCUGUCAUGAAAGCAGGGCCUCUUUUAAACACCCUUCUUUUGGCAGGACCGCUUCCUCAGUGGAGACACCCACCUCCUGCUCUCGAAACUGUCGAAAUCCCCAUGCUGUCCAUGCGUUCUUCAGUUUCACCCUCUUUAGGUCACAUGCAGGCCCCCCAUAUGACCUCCUCGGAUCCUCUGCCUGUCACUUCACCCAUUUCCUCUUCUCAUCACAACACUAGUCUUGAUAUAAAAGACCCACAACAAUUGCAGUCUUCUACACUUUCUAAAUUUCUGUGCUGGCCAUCCAUGAAUUCGCAGGACUCUGCCAUGAUAGGCUCUCCAAUGAAGUUUGCUAAAAUUCACUGAAUGAAUGAUAUUUAGCUAAUGUUCCAUUAACAAGAGGCAAUUGUGAAGAGAUUCACUGGCUUAAUCAUUGUAUAUACUAUCUGCAAUGAAGCACUUUUUUAUUGUUGCUCCAUAAUUUUUAGGGCUCUGAAAUAUUUGACAUUUUAUGUGGUU